GAGCAGGUGCGGCGCUCCGCCUCGAGGCGGCUCGCGGAGCUGCGGGCCGCUGCGGCCGCGACCCCUCCGGCGCCCGAGGGCGCGCCGCGGCUGCCCCUGCGGGCGGCCCACGGGGUGCUGACGGAGGGCCUCGUGGAGCGGUCGGUGGAGGCCAAGCUGCUGCUCCUGGGCAUCGUGGGGGCCGAGCACGUACUGCUCGUCGGGCCGCCGGGCACCGCCAAGAGCCUGCUCUCCCGGCGGCUGUCGCGCGCCUGCGGGGGCGCGUACUUCGAGAGGCUGCUCACCCGCUUCACGGUGCCGGAGGAGGUGCUAGGGCCGCUGUCCCUGAAGGCGCUGGAGCGGGACGAGCUCCGCAGGAAGGUGAAGGGGUUCCUGCCGGCCGCCGAGGUGGCCUUCCUCGACGAGGUCUUCAAGGCGAACUCGGCCAUCCUGAACGCGCUGCUCACGCUGCUCAACGAGCGCGCCUUCGACAACGGCGACGCUCGUGAGCAGACCCCGCUCCAGUGCGUGGUGGCCGCGUCGAACGAGCUGCCGGAGACCGACGAGCUCGACGCGCUGUACGACCGCUUCCUCCUGCGCCGCGAGGUCCGCCACAUGUCCCAGGCGGCCGUGCCGGACUUCCUGCAGCGCCUCCUUGGCCCGCAGACAACGGCGGCCGCCACCAGCGAGGGCACUCCGCCGCUGCUCGCCGCGGCCGGCCUCCGCGCCGUGCGCGCGGCGGCCGCGGGGGUGGCCUUCCCCGAGCGCCUGCAGCGCCAGGUGGCAGGCCUGCGGGAGCACCUGCGGGCGCUGGACCCGCCCGUGGCCAUCUCCGACCGGCGCAUGGCGCAGGCCUGCCUCCUCGUGCGCGCCGCCGCGUGCGCCGUGGGCGCCACCUCCGUGCUCGAGUUCGACCUGUGGCUCCUGCGCUUCAUCUCGGGUCGACCCCGAGCAGGCGGCCGAGGUGGAGAUGUGGCUGCUGCAGCACUGCACAGGGGUCCGAGACCACGACACCGAGCAGGCGAGGUACAUGCUGGAGUCUGCGAAGGGGAGGAUCGGCACGGCCAUGGGGGACGAGACGAUCAAGCUUCUGGAGGGGAUACUGGAGAAGCAGCUCACCUCGCAGCUCGAGAUGCUCGCUAG